UGUGAUGAGAGGUUUCUUUGCUAUCACAAGAGCUUUUAUAGCUCCUAUUGCAAAAUCCACUUUCAGAUUCUCAAGUUAAUAAUAGAAAAUUCAAAUGAGAAUGUAUUAUCAUUAUCAUAUAUUUUAGUGUAAUCAAUCAAAUAAACCAAAUUAUUAGACUAUCUUCCACAAUGUCAGGAUUGAGAAUUGCUAAUCAAUAUGAUUUGGCAUUAUUUUCCUUAUUAGAGGAGGCUAAAGGUAUUUCUAAUAUAUUAAUUUUAGGUAAUUUAUUUAUUAUGAUUUAUAAGAUGACUCUGUAGAGGUGGACAUCAGGCAGAUUGGCUUACACUUAGGAUGUACUAUUACCCCUUGAUU